AUGGUUCUCUCUCUACUUUGUGCUUCGGCACUGGUCUUGUUCACCAACCUGUCUCAGCCUGCCAAUGCCUUGCCCAACCCCAUCAAGAAGUCUGGAGACAAUGACUUGCCUUUUCCAUUGUCGCAUUUUACUUCGACUGUGGCAUCGGUGCAAAAUACGUACUGUGGAAGCACCUAUAACGUACCUGGUGUCAAGUUUAGCGAUCAGACAUUAAUUUACGCCCUUGGCGACGGCGACACCGAGCAACGCGCAAACAUCUAUCACUCCAAGAGCUUGGGUAUAAUUCUCGCCUAUCAGGGAACCAAUCUCUCGAGCUUUGUGUCCUCUGUGCACAACGUUGAGGCGUUUCAGACAUUGCCAGAUGAAGACUUGGGCCUUCCGUUGGGAUCAGCCGUGUUUGCAGGGUUUCAAGUCGCUUGGGCCGGGAGCUGGAACCAUGUCAAGCAAAGUCUUCGUGAGGCAAUGCAAGAGUAUCCUGAAGACAAAGUUACUGUUACAGGUCACAGCCAGGGCGCCGCAAUUGCGCUGUUGGGUGCCUUGUCGAUUCAUCACACGUUUGGCGAUGUCAUCCAAGAGGUUAUCGCGUAUGGAGUUCCUCGAGUAGGCAACGCUGUAUUUGCAACCGCUUUUGAUAAAGCCUUUGAGGGGAAAUACACGGGAGUCAUCAAUGGCGCUGACUGGGUUCCAAAUCUCCCACCUCAGUUCUUGAAUUACCGCCAUGCGUCUGGCAUGGUAUGGAUUAACCCUGCCAACACGACUUCGUGGAAAUUCUACGACGGCCAAGAACACUCCGAGGUCAGCACGAGGAAGACAGAAAUGUUCUACCCCGGCACUCUGCGGUAUAACUGGGGAGACCAUCAAGGAAUUUACAUGCACAGCUCAAUGGGUACGGUAUUGGGACCAUGUCCCGCUCAAGUGGGUGGUUAUUGA